AUGCACUACCAGUGCUAUACUCCCACUAUCAGAGCUAUACACCCACUAUCAGUGCUAUACUCCCACUAUGAGAGCUAUACAUCCACUAUCAGCGCUAUACACCCACAAUCAGAGCUAUACACCCACUAUCAGCACUAUACACGCACUAUCAGUGCUAUACACCCACUAUCAGCGCUAUACUCCCACCAGUAUCAGCGCUAUACUCCCACUAUCAGUGCUAUACUAUCACUAUCAGCUCAAUACUCCCACUAUCAUUACAGUAUUUCCACUAUCAGCGCUAUAACCCACUAUCAGCACUAUACUCCGUCUAUCAUUACCGUAUUUCCACUAUCAGCGCUAUACACCCACUAUCAGCCCUAUACACCCACAUCACCGCCAUACACCCACUAUCAGCGCUAUACACCCACUAUCAGCACUAUACUCCCACUAUCAGUGCUAUACACCCACUAUCAGUGCUAUACACCCACUAUCAGCGCUAUACUCCCA